AGGGUCACUGAGCUGAUCUUUCCCGACAGCAAAUGGUUUUGCGAAAGUGCUGACCACUGCCAGAAUAUGUUGCACUCCCCCAUGUGAAGUAAGUGUAACUGUGCUCUGGCUCCUCCUAUGGUAUCCUAAACGUCUGCCUAAAAUCCACCAUAAAGAGGAAGUGCAUUAAUUGCUCUCUUUGAAAUCAGCAUUGGUGGACUUGUUGCUGCCAAGGUCAAUGCACUAAACUACAAUGGCUAAUAUGAAUGACCUGUGGAAUCCAGCAGCUUUAAAAGAUAAUGCCUACAUAUCAAAACGAAGUAUUAGAAAGAUUCUCAUCAGCAAGAGGCAUUAUCUGCCUAAGGAGAGUAACAUUGCUGACACCAUGAAAAUGAGCCUUAAUCUACAUACUGAAGAGGAUAUCAGCACUUCUACUUGUUGCGAUGAAAGAAAAAACAAUAAGACGAGAAUCCAAGAGAUGAUUACUAAGAAUUCAAGAACUGAAGCUUCCUGCCACCUUCAUGUGAAAAGUUCUGAACGAUCCUCCGGAAAGGAAAGGAGAGUGGAUGAAGCUGACGUGGAGGUUGAGUCUGCAUCUGAUCAUAAUUCCCAACUGAAUCAUGAGCGCUUGGUAGCGACCAGCAUCACCAACGUGAAUGUGAAACAGGAGAUGGAUAUCACUACUCCAUGUGAACUGGCAACAGUUCCAAGAAAUCAGCAUGAAGCUGCGGUGGAUGAAUGUGAGUUAGAGGGAAAUGUAGCGGACAACCUGAAAUCUUCACAGAAGCAGGUUUUAAAAAAUCAGGUAGUGUUUGCGACCCUUAAGAAGCGAGGAAUGGAGGGAAGCACGGAAAACCGUCCACACAAGUGCACUUACUGCAACUGGGCUUUCAAAAAGUCCAGCAACCUGUUGAGCCACAUCGAUACUCACCGCGGUCUUAAACCGCACGUUUGUGACAUGUGCGGGAAGGCAUACUCGCACCAGGGGACUCUUCAGCAGCACAAGCGGCUGCACACGGGCGAAAGACCUUACCAGUGCCCGUUUUGUGAGAAAAGCUACAUUUGGUCCUCUGACUUCCGCAAACACAUCCGAACGCACACCGGAGAGAAGCCAUACAUCUGUGAGGAAUGCGGCAAGGACUUUGUGCGCUCCUCUGACCUGCGGAAACACGAGCGCAACAUGCACACCAACAACAAGCCGUUCCUCUGCAAGCAAUGCGGCAAAACCUUCAACAAACCCCUGUCUCUUCUCCGCCACGAGCGUACGCAUUUGGGCGAGAGGCCAUUUGUUUGUCCGGAGUGCGGGAAGGCGUUUGCCCUGGCCAGUCGCAUGACAGAGCACAGGAAAAUCCACAGCGGAGUGCGUCCCUACACCUGCUCUAUUUGCUCCAAAGGUUUCACUAAGUCCUCCAAUCUCGCCGAACAUCUCACAGUUCACAGUGGAGUGCGGCCACACAAGUGCUCAGAAUGUGGGGUUGCAUUCGCCAUGGCGUCCCGACUGGUGCGACACCAGCGUAUUCACGCAGCUGUGCGGUCUUACUGCUGCCAGCGGUGCGAUAUGCCGUUUGGCCACCUUGCAGCACUCAAGAGGCAUGAGAAGCAGCAUGGGGAAGGCAUGAUCUUUGUAUGUGGGCAGUGCAGUAAAUCUUUCCCUCAGGAUUCCCUGCUCACAGAACACAUGCAGAGCCACGCUAAUGCUAAAACUUGCGUUCCUACCCAUUUCACACUGAAGUAACUGGAAGAUUGUAAGUUAGCCUGGGUUAUUUUCUAUCUAUCUAUCUAUCUAUCUAUCUAUCUAUCUAUCUAUCUAUCUAUCUAUCUAUCUAUCUAUCUAUCUAUCUAUCUAUCUAUCUAUCUAUCUAUCUAUCUAUCUAUCUGUCUAUCUGUCUGUCUGUCUGUCUAUCUAUCUAUCUAUCUAUCUAUCUAUCUAUCUAUCUAUCCAUCUAUCUAUCACAAUUCAGCCAUAACAACAGUUAUAUAUUUAGCUAGAAUUUAAAAACAAUUUAAGACGUAUCUAUUUUUACAAGUGUUAAAUGCAGGGAAUGGUGGGGACCACCGUCGAAAGGCUUGGAUUUCAAAUAAAUCACUGUGUAAAUUCCUAGCAAAAAAAACCCCCACUGUAAACACACUGGUGAAUCAUUUGUAACAUGUUAAUGGCACUUGAUGGCCUCUUGUCGACCAAGGCAGACUCUGUGUGUGUGUGAGAAACAGAAAGUAAGGUGGAAUAUGUUGAAUUCUCAGUGGUGAAACAAGCAUAGUGCUAUUUUAAGUUUCAAGAUAUGUUGUUAAAAGCUAUAAGAUAUUACUAUGUGAUAUAGUACUAUUUUUUGGUAUGAAAUGUAUGCAGCAGGGAAACAUGUAUUUUGAUGUUGGUACAUGUUAUAUGAUGAAUCAAAUGAAUUAUAAAACUGUUACCUCUUCUUUUAUGCUGCUAAAAUCACUGACUUAAAUGAGAUUAUGUGUUGUAUAAUAUUGAAUAUGAAUGUCAUUACCAUUACAAAUAAAAAUGCUUUUUUUUUCAUUACAAAAUGUCACACCAGACAGACUAAAUAAAAUCGAGUAUUAUUUAG